CCCUUCCCCAGUGGAAGAUGUGAGUUUACAAAAUGCCUGAUGCUGACUAACCUGAAGCUUUUAUUGAAUCUUUUUGUUCACUGGAAGCAAGGCACUGGUAAAUACUCAGGAACAGAUGGAUGAUUUCAUAGAAGAGUAGAAGAGGGACUGAGGUAAAGAUAACUGCCUAGGGAGGUUUGGGAUAUGCAAAACUCAACUGGACCAGGGUCCUUUGUGACCUGCUCAAACUAGACCUGCUUUGAGCAGGUGGUCCCUUCCCACCAUAUGAUCCUGUGAUCCUCUGAACAUAGCAUUAGAUUUCCUGCACAAGCUCUAGCCUAUGUUAGCUUGGUCCCCAGUUUUGAAUACCUAAUGCAGAAAGCCUUUUUACAAAAUGGUCCUUGUUUUUAUCAAGGGUCUUUGAUUUUCUUACUGGCAUUCAAUGGUGCUUCUUGUGUACAUCUUCUCUUAAGUUCUUGCUGAAUUUCAUCACAGAUGAAAUUGGGAUUCUGAAUUUCACUGGGGAUCUCCACUGGGAGAGCUUCAUUCAUGGAAAAAUAUAGACCAUUAGGGCAUGAAUUCACUCUGGUCUGACAUCAUGGUUCAGGCAUUAAAAUACUUUCUGAAGUAUUUAGUUAAAACUCAAGAUGAUGGGUUCUAGAACAAUGGACCCGACCAGAUCAUCCAGAUCAUCUCCCUGUUUAUGGUACUUGUACCCUUUUCAUGAAAUAGAUAACUUUUUUUAUCUUUAGCUUGUAGCACUUUAGGUGAUUAUAAAUGGACAAACCAAGAUAACAGGUAAACCAUUGUGAUUAAGGGAUGGCUAUAAGGUCUUGUGGACAGAGAGUUGUGCUGUAACAGGAAGUUAUCUCAUUAUCAAAACUGCUAUAGAUCUAUUUGCAUCUUAACUAGGCCUCUUACAACAAGGACAACUCUGUGCAUUGAUUUCCCACAACAAGUUCACUGUCCACAGGAGCACUGCACAAGAGACAGUUAGAAAUUCCCUUGGCCCAUACUUUUCCAUAGAUAAAUAUUUUGUGACUAUGUUUAACUUCUUAUAUUAGUCUACAAAUAUUACUUCUUUUGAGCCUCUAUUUCCUUUUUAUUAGGGUGUGCAAAUAUUUGGGGUUUUCCCUUUGAGCUCUUGCUUUGCUCUUUUUAUUUCCUGAGUAGCACCUCACAACAGAAUAUUAUCUUCCAGAAGACCCAGCAGAGCACAAGCUUCCAGUUCUGUCCAUUUUCAGGUUAUAAAUUUUUUAAUAAAACUGAAGGGCUUUAUCUGAAAAUGUAAAAUUAUUUUGCAGGAUCUACCAAGUAUAUUGCUUCCUUAAAUGUAAUAAUUUUUUUUAAAUUAUGGCUACUUUUUUGCUUUUCCGUGUAGCCACUUUCCUACUAAAUAAUGAGAGGUUUCUACCUGCUAACCUAAAAUAUAAAUUUAGGAAAAGAUUACAGGAAUGUGAAGUUAACUCACUCUAUAUAUAAUUUUGGAUAUGAUAGAAAUGAUGGGAGCAAUAACCCAGCCUUGACUGCCAAGUGUAUUUUCAACCAUACCACUUUAUGCAGUGUUUGCUUGAAGUACUUCAUACUUGCUCCUGGUCAGGAACUAGUUAAGGUGUAUGCUGUUCAAAUUAUUGCAUUUCUGGCGAGGGGUUUAAGUUGUUUUGUUGUGUUUUCAUAUGAAGUCUCUCCUGAGUAUUUUACACUUAGGAAGACAAAACAAAGUGGCUGUGUAAGGUAUGACAGGAUUCCCCCGGGACCUGCAGAACUCAACAGCAUGUGAUUCACUUAUUUUAAUCUUCGAUUAAUUUUUGUGAAAUAACAUUUUUGUUGCAUUUUGUGUGGCUGGGAAGCGGGGAUCAGGAAGCAGGGAAGCAGGAAGCAUCACCGGGGAAGCAAUUCCACUGUCAGAUGAAUGCUAGGUCAGGCCCUGUCAAUGCAGAUGAAAAUUGGCAAUUAGUAUUCUGUACCUUGCUGCUAAUGAACCGGAUAAUCAGGAAGUUUCUGUCUGUACCAAUAAGCUUCCUGUGAGUGUCAAGGUUAUAGGACUGCUUGAGAAAAUGAGGCAAAUAGUGUCUUUACAAAAGCACUGAUAUAUUAAGAUCUAAAUGGGUUGUACAUUUAUUUUUCCCUCUAUGCUUUUCACUUCAGAAGAGUAGACGUUAACAUUCUUACAGAUCCUCUUCUAAUUCUGUUUUUUAAUUUCCUUUGGAGUGAGAUACCACAAACUAGAAAGACCUAAACAUGAAUUAAAUUGAAAAACCCAUCUAUUGCAGAGGAGAUAGUUUUAUAGUCAAGCAACUAUCAAUACUAGGUGGAAGAAAUUCAGACCCAACAAUUCCAGCAGGCAACAGUGUAGAGGAGGAGAAAGAGCAAGAGUCAGAAAGGCAGGAUUAGUAACCAAAUAUGCUUGAUUUUAACACACACUUUAUAUGUAAACGUUUUACUUCUGGUAAAUACUGUAAUUGUCCUAGGGACAGGGCAGGAUGCUAAUUACAGUCCCAUGGAGAGGCUGGGAAGGAGGAGAUGCUUCUGAAACUGUUGCUUGAAUUUUGGUCUUCGCAAAUAGAGAAACCUGACAACCCACUUGGUUUCACAGGACAAGCAUUGGGCUGAGGGCCAGGAAACCAUUUAUUUCCCUGGUUUUGCUUUGCUGUGCUUGCAGUGACAAAUUAUUUUGAGGCAGUGAAAUUUGCAAUGGAAAUGCAAACCACAGUAAUCCUCAAAAAGUAAUAUUUGUAACAGGCAAAUACAGAAGCUUCUUAAUUUUUCAUGAUCACUAAUAUCCCUCUUUUUUUUUUUCUUUUCUGUGUUCAGUCAUUGUGUACUGACUGUUUGUGACAAGGUUUUGAAAAGCAUCUGAUGAUUUGGAGCUCUUUGAUUUGCAGGUUUUCAGUUGAAGGAUGUGAUUUCCAGAAAGUGCAAAGCAAAAUUUCCUUGUAGGUAUCUCUGAAGUGUCUCAGUGUGGGUCCUGGCAAGCACUAAAUUCCUCUUGGGAAUCUUGGCCUCUGCAUUAAAGUAUUAGAUAAUAUUAUGGGAACAAUAAGUAACUGUAAGUGCCCCAAAGGGAUUUCAAGUUUCUGCUAAGUAUUGGUUAAGACAGCAUUCAUCUUAAUGCCAAUGCAUUUCUCAAAGGCUGCAGUUUUGUUGCAAACUAAAUACUGAAAGUUUGUCAGUUUGAAUUAUAUUGUUCACGAGGUAAAAUGAAAUAUUCUGGCUUCCACACUUGUGUUGAUUCAGAUUAUCUCACACCUAUUUUAAUCAGGGGUGGUGAUACUGACCUCAGUGAUGAUGAUGUAUGUGAUGUCACCAUGUUCCCCUGCCAGUGAAAGGAAAACACCCCCUGGAUGGAGGUGGCACAAUUUGAUCUCUAAGCAUCAUGUUGGACGCAAGGGGGGAAAGAGCAAAUGUUACUACUGUAACUGACUUAGAUUCUGUCAGGAUCCAGAGAGCCCCUUAAAUCACCAGGUGGUUUGUUGCUGAACUGCGUCUUAAUUUUUGUGUGUGGGCAGGCUGAGAUCUUUGCAUAUGCUGAAUUUCACACAGUGCUUUCCAUUUUCCUGGGUAUCAAGACUUCUUCACUUUUUUUUUUUUUUAAGUAAUAUAUGGCAUUUUUGUAGUAACUUCUUCCAGUACAGUGAAAGCCUGGGUGAUUAUGAUUUUUGUGCACAGGCAGCUGCUGAGAGGUCUUGUCUUAGCACCCAGAUUUGACUUUAGCACCAACAUUCACCAAACAUAGUUUUGUGGGACCAAGACUUCUAAAUCUGAGACUCUGUGUUUCUGGAAUACAGGAAUUUCUAAGCUAGUACUUCUAAUGUAAUUACAAUUAUCAGAGAAAUACCAUUUUGCUGUCAGAAACUGCAACUUCAGUACCUUGGCUAUAAGCAAGUUGUUUAAAAAAGGUGUGUUCACAGUAGGAAACAAGGAGUUCUCACAGCAGCACGUCCUGUACGUGUUGCAGCAGCUCCUCAUCCUGGCAGGGUAAGGUUUCCUCUUAGCUUUCAACUGCACUCAGAAUUGAGGAUGUUAAGCACUGGUGUGACAGAGGAAGGAGAAACUCCACACCCCACAGGACUUUUGAAAAACUUUUAGUCCUCAGCUAAACCUAUAGGGAUAACUCACAUGCCUGAAGAAUAGCAAAUGCUGAGCUCUCUCAAAACUGUAGCCCUGUAAGUUGCUAAAUGAACUGUAGUAUAAACACAGAGUUAACUCUUUUUACAGCUAUCUCUUUUUAAAUAAAUAAGAUAAAUUGGAGUGAAUUAAAUAGUCUCUGGCAGCAUCUGACUACUGAAGAAUGGAUAAACAUGAGCCAUGUUAACCUUGACCCCCUCUACUCCUGCAGCAGCAAAGUCAGGCUUCAGUAUCAAUUUGAUGAAGUAGAUUAAUAUAACAUGUCCUUGUAAAAUACUGUAUUUAAAUAAGAUAGGAACCAAUAACCUACACGAAUUAUGCCAAAUUUCAUUAUGACAUGGCAAUCACAAUCAGCUAAUUGUUCAAGAAGUGAAAUUAACUUUCCAAAGGCUGGGAAUGCAGCCUCUACAUUAUAAGCUAUGGAAAUAACUAGUCUAGCAGACUGCACUAUUUCUGGCCACUCAGUGUGACUUCCUAACAGUCUGGCAUUUCUUUAGGACCACAUCCCUCUACGUGUCAGAAGCCACACUGAUUCUGAAAAUAGAUGUUAUACUUGUAAUUCAAGACAGGAAGAAAAAAUUGGCCAAACAAUACAAAUGCAAAUUUGAUAUGUACUCUAUGCAUGAUAUGAGACAAAUUUAUCCAUUCACAUUUAUCAUUAGAAAAAGUGAAUACAAUUUUUUUUUAUUGUAUGCCACUGUAAAUGUGAGAGAUAUUUUCCAAAAACUGGGCAGAAAUUCAAAGUUAGAUGGUGGUCUCCCUUAACCACCUAGUCUUUGAAGUGGAGCUGGUCACAAAUUUUUGGAGCCUUUCAGAAGAAAGAGGAUAGGGGUUUGUAAUUUAUUUUGUGUGUGUGUGUAUGUUUUGUUGUGGGGGGGGUUAACCAUCUUUUAUUUGAAAAUUGCUGAUAAAAAAAUUCUGGCAAUUUUAAAAGGUAUAACCUUCUUACUACUUUUUUUCCUUUGUACAGAUAAAAUAAUUUUAAAGUGUUUUCAAAAGUUUGAAACAUAAAUUAAGAUUCCUCCAACCAAACCUUUCAGCUAAUCCAAGUCACAUCUGAUAUCACACAUUUUUAAGGUAAUAAACAAAUAUUAAAGAUUCCAACCUGUGGUUUAGUUCAGGAAAAGGAAAAUGUUUUCAGAGGAGAGGAAAGCAUUCUCACUCCCAGAUUUACUUUGAAGUCUCUUCUCCUAUCUUGAUUCAAAUCAAAUGCACUAGUGUAAGCAGAAUUUAAAAAACACUCAAAAGAGGAAAAGCAAUAGCAAAUCUUUAGCACAUAAAGGCACCCAAGUUUCUGUCAGCCCUUUCACCACUGAACCCAACAGGUCUCAAAGCACCCAGGUUGUUGUGGCUGAGGUUGGCAAAGCUGCUCCACUGUUAGCAAACAGAUGGGUGGCAUAAAAUUCAACUAUAGAAAAGGAUAUGAGCAAUCAUAUCCCCUCCAGAAGGAAAGCAACUAGCCUUUUGAAGGGUUGCAGUGCUCUAUCAAUUUAGCUUAAUAAAGGAAAAUUAAGAACUGGUUCUCCCCCUCAGCUGUUUUUAUUGGAAACGCAUGUUUCUUUCUACAUGAAAUAACAUUAAUUUUGGAAUAACAACCAGCUACACCAAAAGAGAUGUACAACCAACCGCAGUGUUAUGAAAUUCACUGAAAUGGGUUUAGCUCCAGUGACACCCCAGGCAGCAAGUUGGUUUGGUUCAUUUUUUCAUUUGGGAAGGUCAUUGUUGCAAGGUGAUUGUCAUAGGAUUAUUUCACGGUGUUAUACUUACUUUGGAAUGACUGUUCUUUAAAAAUAACUUUUCUGUAGUGAUUUCUCAUACAAGCUUCUUGUGCAGUCUGGCUGUUUAUGUGUAUUGGAUUGCUAACAAAGCAGAAUUAAUUCUGCAUGCCCUUUUUUUUUUUUUUUAGUUAAAACAUUUUUCUUUGUGCUGUGUGCUUGCACAGUGCACAUUCCAACUACUGCUUUUUUGACUGGAAGCAAAUUUGUCUUGCUCCAGGUUUUUAAUAGUGGCCUCAAAGCCUAAUUAAUUUACUUGCAGUCUGCCUCUUGAUAUCAGAAUCUAAUUAUAUUUUCUUAGGAAAAUGUUGUAAUUAAAUAAUUCAAAUGUAAAUAAGAAAACAGAUAUUGAAUGUCACCUAAAUAAAAGAGGGUCCUGAAAUUCUCACUUACACUAUAAUGAUGCUUCAGAAACAGACAUAAUGCUUUCAUUAUGUAAUGAUUGUUUCUUACAGUGAGCAGAGUUACACAAGACAUAAGCUUUGUAACUGCAGCCUUUCAUCCUGACUGUGAGUAAACAGGCAAUGCAUCAUAGGAUAUGUAAAUUUAGCUCAGACAAAUAAACAAUGACAGUUAAAAUACUCCUCUAACCCUAAAACAUCCUUAAAUUUCUGCAGUUGUGUGUCUUUGGUGGAAAAUGUAUUGUAGAUUAUACAUACCUUUAACUUUAUAAUUCAAAACUAAUAGCAUCUACAAAUUACACGGAUAGUGAUUCAGAAGAAUGCAGAAUAGCAUCUUAAUCUCCUCCUACACCUCGAAGCACUGUGCCUCUCUAGCAGAGAGAUGGAUUUUGAUUGCCUGACAACUGUAACCAUGUCCAGGUUCAUCACAAAGGGAAGGAGAAGAGCUCUGGGAAGCCUUGAUAAACACUGAGCUGAUAAGCCUAUUGGGGUGUUUCUAGCUGUCCUUAAAAUUACAUAGCAGAUAUUAUCCAAAGACACAAAAGCUUAAAAGCUGCUGGUAAUUUAUCAGCUUUACGUGCUAACCUUCCAAGAAAUUACCAUUGUCAGCCUUCUAAUUUUUUAUCCCAUUCAGAAACUUCUAUGCAUUAUACCCUAUUUCUGAAAAGUCUUCAAUAGUAAAUUUUUUUUGUCUUAAAUACAAAUCACUGAGCACAUUGUACACACAUGUUUCUACAUGCAUAUAGUUGUAGCUUAACCUGUGCACCAAAUUCUGCUUUCUACUGGGCAAUGGAAGUGUUCUGCAAGUGCUUGACUGUAUAGCUCAAAUGCAGUGGCAUCCGCCACGUCCAGCACAAACAGAUAUAAGUUGGCUCUGGUAGCAUGAACAGAGAUGCUGCAAGCACAGCAGAGGUCUUUUCUGACUUGGAAAAGGAAUUGCAGAUCAACAGGAUGGACAGGUACGUGACAGAGCUGCAUUGUGGGAAGACACAGGAGGUGGCUUUCCCUAGGAACACUGUUCUGUUUCAUAUGUGUUUCAAGAAGGUGUUUAUGUCCAGGCAUAAAUAGUCUGGUUUGCAUUGUGCUGUACUGUAAAUGAGCUGGGCUGAAUAACAGAUACAAGGCAUUUAGCUCAUCUGGAAUUUGGUGUUAACAUAGCUGCACUGCUUAUAAUAUUAAAGAAGCAUUUAAACUUGGUAGUUAAAAUGAACUAGUUACUUCAGGACCUCUUCCUUGUGUCAUUGCAAGCAAUGCUUUCCUUAAGACCUUGGUGGGCCACAACUAAGUGCUAACCUGAACAAGAAUGGACUUUGACAUCUUAGUGCCUCAUUUCUUCAGCUCCAAACAAUCCAUACAGUGAAUUAGGCAACCCCUCAGUACAUCAGCCUAAUACUAUGUCAAACAUGCUCUUAAGUUUCCAAGUAAUAUGAGCUGAAAACUUUCUAUAUCCUUGCAAGAGUACUAGAUAAAAAACCUGGGAUCUUAAGUAUAAAUCAUUACACAGCCAUCACCUGAGGCCUUCUAUGGCAGAACUCCUAACUUCACAUUAUCUAUAAACUUGAAGAGAUAGAAGGAUCUUCAGGUUCAUACUAUGACAGAGAAUAUAUAUCAAAAGAUUAUUAUUUUUUAUGUAAAAUGUAACUACUUUUCUUAGGGAUUAAAAAUAGAUUAAUGUUUGUGGAAAGGAUGGAGAGAGAGAGAGAGACAGACUAGAAUGGCUCCUACUUGUAUUCUAUGGCCCAACAGACAGCACCAGGUCUUACUGUAAUAAAGCCCCAAUUACCUAACUCUAGGGGAGGAUAGCUGGCAUUUCCCUCUGCCCGAUGAUUUAAUUGGGCCUGUCAGCCAGGGAUAAUUGGUUUCUGGUUGACUGAAAAAAGUGACAGUGACAUCAGCUCUCUGCUACCCUCCAUUACUGGAAUUCUUGUUGUCUCGUAGCAGGGCCUCAGCACACAGGGUGCUCCAGCAGCUUUACAGGUCUCUCGUCAUGCAGUGUAAUGGAAAUGCAGCAAUGUAAGACAGAGAAACCCCUUCAAGCUGUUUACCCUAUACAUUUCCAUAGUACCUUUUUGGGAACCAGUAUUAUAUAUGUACAGAAAAGUCUGGUUUUGCUCGUUUUACUGAAAAUUUGGUAAUAUUGUUGCUGUCAUGGUGGUUUCAAGGCUAUAAACAAGGUAGGAUUUAUUGGGAGAGAUGAUAGGGAGUACCGUUUCCUAACCAGCUGAUAAGACUGGAAAAAUUAAGAUGAUUUUGGACACACGAAGCCUUCUCAAGGUCAUGUGCCCAAAGCCGGGGCACUGUUUUUAUUUCCAGUAGUGACAUACACCAUUUGAACUAAUAAAAGAUAUUACAUUUCUCCCUAAUUCUUGCCUUGCUUAAAGGAAAACACCUCUUGAUGCUACUGGUGUAUUAUUGCAAAAGGUUUAAUGUGCUCUGUUGAAAGGAUCACUCAAAACAACAACAAAAAAAUAUGUUAAGUCCUUGUUUAUUCUUUACACAGCUUCAGGCAGGGAGUACAGUUUUAAUUUACAGUAAUUUUGUUACACUGCUUAAGACUUACAUCAGUAGAGGGCAGAUAGAUAUUUCCUCCAAUGUUAUUCUCUUUUGUUCAGCUUUCCUCUCCCUCCUUUCCCCUGGAUUGCCAAACACGGGUGGAUUGUGUGGAGCAGGCACGGAUGGCAGGAAAGUACAUGGGCAAUUUCUCUCUACCCAAGGAUUUCCCCAGUGGAUAUAUUUUUCAAAGUGUGAAAGCAAGGCAGUGCACCUAUGAAUCUACUUGUAGAGCUAGCCUAGUACUGAGUUCACACUUAACAGGCUUAGCACAUCUGCAGUAUUGUGACAGCACUGAGUGUCUUGUUCCUAGCCCCUGCUAAUUUCACCUCAGGGCUGCACUGGAUUAGCAUUCCAGGAGUAAAUUUGCUCUGUGGAGUCUGUGACCAUACAGCUCUCUGCAACUUCCACGCUGCAUUAAUCCCCCAGAAAGACAUGGGAAUGGCCAAGAUCAUUGUUAUUCAACCCAUGUCUGCCUACAGAACACUCCAGAGAACAAAACCCAAGCAGAGGCACAGUGUCCACCCUUCCUUGCACUAAACUUCCCAGAUGGAGUGAGGCAGGCUGAUACAGUCAGAGUGGAUCUGACCUCCUUCUCUCCACAUUUCACUUGCUGCACUUUAGAGAGAGAAACAAGGGGAGAAGCCUGAUCAACAUGACUCACAUGUCAAACAUCCAUAAUAGUACAACCAGCCUCCAGCUGAUUAGUGCCCUAGAGAGUCCUGAAUUGAGAGACCUGGGUGGUCUUUUCAUGGCCUAUGUGAAAGAAUUUCUUGGCAAUGGUUCCAGCAAUGGACUUUAUUCAGCACUGUUGGCUAGAAAACUUGUUGGAGUCUCUAGACAAUCUUAUAACCCUUUCACUUCACAGCCUAAUUUGAAACAUUUGUGUGUAUGUGGUGAUUGGCAGUAAAAUACAGAAAAAUCUCAGACUGGAGGAAGUAUAGGCUUUGUGGGUUCCUCCCUACGUCCCACCCAUCACUGACACAUUUGGGAAGGAAGAAUGACAGAAUGGGUCAUGUUUCCGCAGUGUGAACCCAUGGCAAAUUAGCUACAAAAUUCCUAGAGAGACAUUUACCUUAGCAAAAAUGUCGUGGCCAAAGUAAAGGUGGCUGGAAGAGGAUGUGAUUGUUUGUGCUACUAGAUUUACAACUGGAUACUUACAGUGAUCAUCUGUUAAAGGAUAUAUUGGGAAUAAACUGAAAUUACUCAGUCAGGUCUUAAAACUUGCAUGGUAUUUUUAUGUAAUUUUAUUUCUGUUUGGUUGGCAGCUAAGUGUUUAACUUCAGAGUUGAUUUUCUAUCUGUCUUUUGAUUAAAAUAUCUGUCAUUUCUAGUUUCAUUAUAUCUCAGAAUUGAAGAUUUUGAGGUGUAGAACAAGUAUUUCGAGAUGAAACUGUCUCCUCCAACACCAAACCCUCUUGCACAAAGCUACUUCUUAAUUUCCAACAAUUCAAGACUAUUUAUUUGAAAAAUAUGUUGUUUUCUUGGACAAAUCUAAGCAGCUGCAUUUGCAAAUUCUGUACAGUCUCAUAGAAAGUAUGAAAUUACUGUUACAUGUUUUCUUAAGGUGCAGAGCAGAACCAAGUCUUCACAGGAAUUCUUUGGUGAUCACCUAUGAAGCUCCUGAUCUUGAAGCUGCACUUUUGCAAUGAAGAAAAGGAGACGGCUCGCUGCAAGUCUAAACGAAAAAGUUCAUCUUGGCCAUGAGAAAGAUACUUCAGAGCAGAUUCUUGUAGUGGACUGUGCACAAGAAAUUGUCUCGAAGUCUGCAGAAAUAGCUCCUGCAGAACAGAUUGAAUCUUCCCAAGAACUUUCACCGUCACCAGAGCAAAGGAAGCUCCUGAGUUCGUUGCAGUAUAACAAAAAUCUACUGAAAUACUUAAAUGAUGAUAGACAGAAACAUCCAUCAUUUUGUGAUUUACUCAUAAUUGUAGAAGGAAAAGAAUUUAGCGCUCACAAAGUUGUUGUGGCUGUUGGGAGUAGUUAUUUUCAUGCUUGUUUGAGCAAAAAUCCAAGCACUGAUGUCGUCACAUUAGAUCAUGUAACUCAUUCUGUGUUUCAGCAUUUGCUUGAGUUUCUCUACACCUCUGAGUUUUUUGUGUAUAAAAAUGAAAUUCCAUUAGUGCUGGAAGCAGCAAAAUUUUUAGAUAUCAUAGACGCAGUGAAGUUACUAAAUAACGAAAGUGUUUCCAAUGUACAGACUGAUGUGGUAACUGAUGUACCUACACCAGCAGAAACACUCAGUGAACUGACAGGUAAACUAUUAAAUAGCCAUCAGUGCACUUUUUGUGGUCGAAGUUUCUGUUAUAAGAAGUCCUUAGAAAAUCAUUUGGCUAAAGCCCACCGAUCCCUUUCACUGGAAAGAAAACAUGGGUUAAGAAUGGUUGAGAAGGCCAGCUUUUCCAAUAGACGCUCUACGAGAAGCCGUAAAUGUCCAACUAAAUUUGAUAUCAGUGACAAUGAAAGUGCUGAUGCCUCUGACAGCAAUUUGGAAAAAGUCAGUUCUGACAAGGAGACAUCUGAGAGAAGUGAAUUUGAAGACAGUGAAAGUGAGUGCAAUGUGGAUGAAGAGGGACAGGAAGAGGAAAUGUCAGGUGAAGAUUCGGAAUUUGAAGAACAAAGUGAAAAGGAACAGAAUGAUACUGAAGAGGGUUCUGAGGCAGUUGAUUCAGUGGGGAAUAUUCCUGAAGGCUUAGCUCCAGUCAUCAUUCAAAGCAGUAGCAAAAAACUACUGCAGUGUCCCAAGUGUGACAAAAAAUUUGAUCGAAUAGGCAAAUACGAGAGCCAUACACGUGUGCACACAGGGGAGAAGCCUUUUGAAUGUGAUAUAUGUCACCAGCGCUACUCAACGAAGUCCAACCUGACAGUGCACAGGAAGAAACACUCCAGUGAUACCGACUUUCACAAGAAGGAACACAAAUGUCCCUACUGCAAUAAGCUGCAUGCAAGCAAAAAGACUUUAGCAAAGCACAUGAGGAGGUUUCAUCCAGAGAAUGUACAAGAAUUUCUUUCUAUCAAGAAGACAAAGAGUGAAGGUUGGAAAUGUGAUAUUUGUAAGAAAUCUUUCACUCGAAGACCUCAUUUAGAAGAGCAUAUGAUCCUUCACUCUCAGGAUAAACCCUUCAAGUGUACCUAUUGUGAAGAGCAUUUUAAAUCCCGGUUUGCAAGACUGAAACAUCAAGAAAAAUUCCAUCUCGGGCCUUUUCCCUGUGACAUUUGUGGCCGACAGUUUAAUGAUACAGGAAAUCUGAAACGCCAUAUAGAAUGUACCCAUGGGGGAAAGAGGAAAUGGACAUGUUUCAUCUGUGGAAAAUCUGUCAGGGAACGAACAACUUUGAAAGAACAUCUGAGAAUUCACAGUGGAGAGAAGCCUCAUCUUUGCAGUAUUUGUGGGCAGAGUUUUCGUCAUGGAAGCUCUUACAGACUUCAUCUAAGAGUCCACCAUGACGACAAGAGAUAUGAAUGUGAAGAAUGUGGGAAAACAUUUAUUCGACAUGACCAUCUGACAAAACACAAAAAAAUUCAUUCAGGUGAAAAAGCACAUCAGUGUGAGGAAUGUGGAAAAUGUUUUGGCCGUAGAGAUCACCUUACCGUUCAUUAUAAAAGUGUUCAUCUAGGAGAAAAAGUUUGGCAGAAAUAUAAAGCAACAUUUCACCAGUGUGAAGUCUGUAAGAAAGUUUUUAAAGGGAAAUCAAGUUUGGAAAUGCAUUUUAGGACACAUUCAGGUGAGAAACCCUACAAAUGUCAAAUCUGUAAUCAGUCUUUUAGAAUUAAGAAGACAUUAACAAAACACAUGGUUAUUCAUUCAGAUGCUCGACCUUUUAAUUGCCAACACUGCAAUGCAACAUUUAAACGAAAAGACAAGCUGAAAUAUCAUAUUGAUCAUGUUCAUGGAUCAAAGGCUGCAGAAGAGGCAUUGGCGUCUUCUCCAGAGGAAAAGCUGGUCUCCUUACCAGUGCAGUACACCUCUGAUGACAAAGUGUACCAAACUGAGGCUAAACAAUUUGUGGAACAGUCCAAAGCAUAUCAAUCUGAAGCCAAAACUUUGCUGCAGAAUGUAUCCACGGAAGUGUGUGUGCCUGUGACUCUGGUACCAGUUCCGAUGUCUGACCCACAAGCAGAGCUGGUGCAGCAUCCUGCUCAGUCACACAGCAUCCUGCCUCCACAGCCUGAGCAGGCAGAGUAUCAACGAGCCACAGAUCUGGCAUUUCUAGAGAAAUACACUCUUACUCCACAACCUGCAAAUAUUGUUCAUCCUGUAAGGCCUGAGCAAAUGUUGGAUCCCAGAGACCAGUCAUAUCUUGGAACUUUACUGGGGCUAGAUACAACUCCUACUGUACAGAAUAUUUCAAACAAUGAGCAUUCGUGAUCAGACUGAAACAUUCCACCUAAUUUACUAGGUCAUUGGCCACCAGAAGGCUGAUAUGGCAACGAAGAUUUAUAUUUUAUAUUUUAUUUGGACUCAUAAGUCUUCUGCAUAGUUUUGGAAAAACAAUUUGUUUACAUAAUAUUUGAACAUUUAGGCACAUUUUAAUGCAUACUGAAAGAGUGUUUCUUGUGAUUUUAAGAGUUUUUAAGAAUCUUAUAGAUGGUCUUUUAAAAAUAAUGCUCUUAAAUAUCUUUUAAGGAUAGUGGCUGAAAAAUGUCAUUACAUAUCUGGCUAUUAAUUUAAAAAAAUUGCCUUUCUGCAUCUCACUUUAAGUUAAUAUUUUAAGUGUAAGAGAAAGCAUUCUGAAAGAAUAAGGACUAUAUCAAAUUCAUUAAAAUUUGUAAGGGCAGACAGGGCUAUAAAACAGAAACUUUGAAUUAUGUUUCACACAGAAAUUAAUAUAUAAUUUUACUUGAACCCUCAGGCAUUUUUGGAGGGUUUUAAAGUCACCUGGACUCUGAAGCCUAGCCAGUGAACACAGGCACUAGGUUCUUCUGAAAAGGGAUUCUGUGAUAUUUUAUGAAGACACUAAACAGGGUGUUUGAUGGCCCCCUGAGUAUAGUUAGGCUGCCUAAAUUAGUUCUUCCUUGAUCUCUAAUAUUGAAUAAUAUGGGAAGAUCUAGAUAAUGGUAUUGUCUAAUUUUCUACACUUAGUUCUAUAUAAUUUUAUAUGCAUUUUUUCUUCUUUUUCAAUUUUGUUUGUCUUCUAAAGUGUACCCCACACUCUGACUUUGAAAGAAAAGGAAGUAUUUGUAAGGUCAUUUUAAUCUAUGAACAGUCAUGAAGGGUUGACAUGGUUCAUCCUUGUUAGAUCAUUAGUCAUACCAGAGUCCCACAUUAACAUGCCCAUUUUCAGGUUAUCUGAUAGAGGAGAAAUUUAAAGACUGUUCCAAAACAGUACUCAAUUUCUAUUUAAGAAAGAACAAUUAAUCAGUAAUUAUAAAUAUCUUGUGAGUUGCUAAUUAAAUUGGUUUAUUUCUCACUUUCUUGUACUGUGUUUAUAAAACCAAAGUCAAACUCUUGAGAGUAUUUUAUAUCUAAUUAUUUUUAGCUUUUUGUUUACUAAACAUAAGGGUUUUUUUCCAAAAGAACCGUUUUGAACUACAAGUUUGGUGUUAGCAUGAAAUCUAGUAUAAUUUAAACUCAUCGAGCUUUCUAUUUUAAGCCUUCUUUAAAAAUAAUUGUUCUGUGGUUUUUUUUGGUGAAUAUGAUGCCAAAGAAAGUAUCUGAAGUAAUUUCAUAAUUACUCACAAGAAUUACAUAGGAUUCUCAUUAAGAUGAGAAUUAAGAUUCAAAUUUCCCCCCAGCUUUCCCUAGUCAUAAAUUAUUAUCUCAAAUAACCUUUAAAAUGGGAAACUGGACUUAUAUGUAUAAUUUUAACUGUUAAAUUUAUUCAAUGACCUGAACAUAAGUGAGCUGUGGUGAAGAGCUCUCUUGUUAUCACAGUUCUACAAAUUCUCAAGUGGUGUGGAUCAUUUUAAAUCAUAUUCAGAUACUUUGGUGUUAAAUUCUGUUAAUCCUCAUCUACUUCAGUAUGGAGCAGUUUGCAGGAGAGGGGCCAGAACUGCCUGAAUGUUCAUAUUUUGAAGCUUGUACCCUAAUGGAUUCUUAACCUAAACACACCAAAGAUUUCUGUUAGCUGUUAAAUAGUGGCAAAGUUAUAGAAUUGUAAGUGUUAUCAAUAUUUAAAUAGGACUUAGCCAAAGAAGCACAAUAGAAGUCCUAAACUUUAAAAGUUUAGUUUCUAAAACAGGACUACAUAUGUUUAACUGUUCUGUCUUUGUAUCUCUAAUGCAAAAUUUAGAGCUGUGCUCUGGGAAUGUUCAGACUGACAUGCUGUAAAUAUAUCUGGUAAGAAGCUGACGACUAGCAAAUACACAGCAAUAACAAGGCCAUUGAAUGCCACCUUCUGAAAGGACGCUAUCAAGUACUACCCUUCCUGCUUUCUAACUCCACCUUCAUCUUCUUUCAAAAUAAAACUGUUUCUGUCGUCUUCACACUCCAUGGCUUGAAAAUGGCUGUUUUAUGUGAAGUUUUCAAGUCGACAUGUGUGUAUCGUAUUCAUAUUAUAGCAUGUGCACAUGGAACAUGAUUUCUAAUGCAUCUGUAAUUGUACUGUUAAAAAUAACCCAACAUCAAUGCUGUCAGUGCAGUGCUCAGACUAAAAAGUCUAACUCUUUGUUAUUUCUUGUCUUUUCUGUCCUACAGUAGAAAAAAAUAUUGUAGGAUUUUGAUAAAACAGUGGCUUAAGAAUAGUCAGUAACUGAUUGUUUCUUUUAAAGUCCAGUCUGUUUGGAAGGCACUCCAGGAAAAUCUGAAAAUGGAAAUUGGGUCGUGUUUACUUGAUAAUGUCCUUUUAAAAAUUCUUUCAUAUUUGUGCCUUUUAUAUAUAUUCUGAAUAAUGGCUUUUUCUCUAGUUCAGUUGUUUAUUCAGAAAACAUUAAGGUCAAUAACUUCCAAAGGGCUUCAUGUUUUUGGGUGCCCAACAAGAACCGGACUAUAAAAGGACUCGUUUUUCAGAAAAACGAGCGCUCUCUUUGUUUGGGUGACCAGAAUUACUAGUCAUUCCUGGAAAAAAUGACCUACUAGUUCUUUGGUGUUCUUUUGUUUGCAGAUAACCCUAGUAGUUAGUGUUUUUACCUGCUGGUCAGGCUGGAUCAUUGCCAGUUGACAGUGAAAGAAAAUAGGAAAGCUUAUGUGUUAGAUACAUAGUUUUUAUUUUUAUUUAAUAUCAUGAGCUAUAAUUCAUAUGGCUUUACAUCUAUUUAAAAUUCAUAUAUGAGCAAAGUAAAUUUUCAUGGACUGGUACUUCAUUUGGUAGGUGGAAGUAUCUUGUUUCAGCUUGAUGGAGGAUAGUUAUUAAGAGGACUGAGUUGAAGGGCAGAGAUCUGCACCUUGCAGCUGCAUGGGUCGAAACUCCUUAGUGUCUGACACCUCCAUUUUAAUAUGUAUAUGUACUCACAGGAGAGAGCAUGUCCUGUUGAUCUGGAAGAUGCAUUUACAACAAAGGCUAUGUUUUAUCUGGCAGUCAUUGGCUCAGUUGAGCAUUUAUUGCCAAAGAAGGAAGAAGGAGGUGUCUCUUAAAAAUAUUUCUAAAGGAUGAUUAGUGGCACAUUGCAAAAAGUUGGUCUUUACCACAUGCUGAUCUUUGGAAAGAAGAGCGAGUCCAUGUUGGUACUCCAAACUGUGUGUGGUUCUGAGAACUUGUUGCACUCAUUCUGUUUAAACAUUGAAUUCUGUAUUUUUUGCUAUACAAAUUUCUGGGUUACUGCCUUUAAUUCUUUUAGUGGAUUUUAUGUUCAGUUUAUUUAUUUGAGCACUGACACUUUUCUUACAAAGGUAUGUCUCUCAUGGGUUCUUUUCAUGCUGAACAUCAGUCAUUGUAAUGGUGAUGAUAUAUCUUCUGUAAGGCUGUGGUUUCCUUAAAACUAUAGUGCUACUUUAGUCUGGACUAUAAUUUGGGUAGUUGUUUUUAAAGAUGGGUUGUGCCAGACCAUAAUGACAAAAGAUUUAUUUAGUAUCAUCAAAGAGCUGAGCUCCUUUCCCUAGUAAUGAAUGUCAAAGAGUAUCCAGAACUGAAGAAUGCUUCCAAGGAGUUGCCUCACAAUGUGCUUGAUUAAACAUGAAAUGUGUUAUGGACUGCUAAGGAACAAAUGAAAUAAAUAACCCUCAAGUUUUUAAAUUUAAAAUAAUUCCUGUGUAGGAGUUCAUGAAUGUAGAAUUAUGAAUGAAUUCUGAGAAGGCUGUUGUAGAUGAAUAUUUUUUUUUCCUGAGAAUAUAAAAGAUGUGUAAUAUUGAACAUAACAUGCCUACCUGAUGCAGAGUGCAUGUUCCCCAUAUGCCUGAAGCUAAAGGGAAAUAGAGUGUAUUUACCUGUAGGUCCUUGUGACUGCUGUCACGUGGGUUCUUUCUCUACAAUACGGUCUCAGUGAUUUGGUUGUUUCAUUGUGUGCAUUGAAGAAUGUCACUGGCAGAAUGUAAUGCGGGGCAGUCAUUUUGCUUAAGCCCAUUUACGGUCUUUUCCAUGGUUCAUAAGAAAUGUUUUGGUUUAAAAUUAUUUGAUGGAUUAAAGGUAAAAAUGGCAAAAUUUUUUUUCAACCCCCAUAACCAUUUUGAUAAUGUUUAAAUGUUGGUCCUUUUAUAUGAAAGAAUAAGGUGAAAAGAACUCAAUAUUUUGUCACUGGUUUAUGAGAUAAUGUGUUUUAAAUGUGAUCUGUACAGGUUGGUAUUUUAGAUGGGAGUCUUUAAAGUUGUCUUUUUAGGGGAAAUCCUUUGCUGUAAGGAAAAGCUAGGAAGUGUACUGUAAAUGUAGAAGUACUCAGUCCUAUGUGUGAUUUUGUUUGCUAUGGAAAAGUAAAGUUCUUUUGUCUUAACAUUGUGUGCUUCACAGGAUUUACUGCAGGGCUGCUUGUGAUAAGUUUUGAUUUUUGCCCCCCCUUUUUCUCUUUCUGAACAGCGUGGAAACACAGUACUCUGUAUGUCUCAAUUUUAAGGCUCAUGAAAGAGAAACAGAUGAGGCGAUGUUUUGAUCAAAUCUGUGUGUCUCAUUCUGCUUUUGAUUUUAAAAUAUUUUGUAAAUUAAAUUUAUUUAGGAAAAAAACCCGACAA